CGCAAAAUGGCAGUCGUUAAUCCACUAUGUUUGUUUUUUGUGCUGUCAUUAACUCUCGCAGACGAACCGUUUGAGUUUAAUAUUACUGUACAAGCUUUUUCACCUAAGGGAUUAAAAAUUUCUGUACCAGGUGAUCCAAGAAUAAUGUUUGUCCAGUACGAAGCUGUGUUUUACGACAAAAAUUCAGACUACGACGGGUACACCAGGGACAUUGUGUUCUAUGAGACAGAUGGGAAGUGGGUGAUGGAUAAACCCAACCUCAUCGUGAAUGUGAAUGACUCGAUAAUUUGUUCAUACUUUGUGGGUAAAUAUAUGAACAUUGUCUUCGAUGAUAAUGUUACUAACGAUUCAUAUGUAACAAACUUUCUGGCCAAAGGUUAUAAAAAUAUGGUUAAUGUACGGAUCCAUGAAUUGGAAGAACAAAAAGCGGAUAAUAAAAAUAAAUGUUUCGUCAUAUCCAAAGUCCCUGUCAAAGAUGUAUGUUCUGAUGAUGUAAUUUUCGAGGAUAAUUUUGACUCAUUUCAAGAAGAUUUAUGGAUUAUGGAUCAGUAUAUUCCCAGCGAUCAUCCGGAACAUCCAUUUAUAUCGUAUCAAAAGCUGGAAGGUGCGAACUCAACAGUUUUUGUGGAGAAUGGUUCACUCUAUAUUCGGCCAAAAUUCCAGCACAGCUUACCUGGGUUUGACGAAAGUAGUCUGUAUAGGGGGACUUUGGACCUGUCCCGUAAGUAUGUACUUAAAAUACCAGAUUAA